AUGAGAUCUGCCAAUCAAAGCAGUGCUAAUGAUUUUGUAAUAUUGGGACUGCUAAAUCUUCCUGAACUUAGCACUCCUCUCUUCUUUACUUUCUUUUUUAUUUUCCUUCUAACUCUUACAGGAAACCUUACUAUUCUGACUGUGGUUUGGCUUGAGCAAACUCUUCAUACACCAAUGUAUUUCUUUCUCACCAACCUCUCCUUCUUAGAGAUCUGGUAUACAAUUACUAUUGUUCCAAAACUUUUAGUCAGCCUAAUGUUGAAGGACAAUAAUGUUUCUUUUGCUGGAUGUAUGUCCCAACUGUUUUUCUUUGUUACUUUUGGGGCCUCUGAAUGCUAUUUGCUAUUGGUCAUGGCUUAUGACCGCUACAUGGCCAUAUGCAAACCUCUGUAUUAUUCCAGUCUGAUGGACACUAGAACAUGCCUCCAAUUGGUUGCUGCCUCUUGGAUAACAGGCGUUGUUACAGGUCUCGUACCAGUUCUUCUUAUCUCUCAAUUAGAAUUCUGUGGUUCUCGAAAAGUCAAUCAUUUUUUUUGUGACAUUCCACCUUUGCUGGAGCUGUCCUGCAGUGACACUCAUCUCACUGAAAUGUCCAUCUUUAUGUUAUCCUUUUUUGUGCUUUUUUGCUGUUUACUACUGACGCUCAUGUCCUACCUUUUCAUUGUCAUAUCAAUACUACGCAUUCAGUCAAUUAAUGGCAGGAGAAGAAUAUUCUCCACUUGUGGAGCUCAUCUUACGGUGGUACUGAUAUACUAUGGUACUAUGAUAUUUAUGUAUGUUCGCCCUCACUCCAGCUACUCCUCUGACCUAAAUAAAUUUAUAUCAGUUUUCUACACGGUUAUCACUCCAGGGUUGAAUCCUAUGAUUUAUACUCUGAGAAACAAGGAAGUAAAAUUGUCAGUUAGAAAAAUUUUACGGAGGUUUCUAUGA